CAUUAUGGAGGGGAGCAGACGGGAGUGGCCCCACGCACGGAAGGGGAGGGCGACCUUGAUAAUGACGACAGAAGCAGAGUUGACGACAGGGAUGAUUAAGUUAAGAUUGGAAGGCAUGAGUUACAGUAUGCGAAAGGGAAGCUGGGGCAGGCGACGGAUGUUGCUGCACAGGAACGAAAAAUAAAAAAGAAAAAAAAUGCAAAGCUGGGGAGACGAGAUCGGUAGACGAGAGCGAGACGAGAGUUGGCACAGCGAAACAGAGUGAGUUCAUCACGCAGCUCCGGUGGCGGAGGCGAGUGUGGGUGAUUUGGCAGGCGUGGCACGGGAAUGAUUAGUGCGUGAAGGGAGGGAAGUGUCGGAAGCGCCGGGGGUUUUGGAGUAGCGGAGCAAGGGAGUUAGUGUGGGAAGUCAAGGGUUGUGAAGGUUUGGUUUGAGAGCAGAUGGACGGCUUUUGUGCAAAGGGAGUGGUGGGCGUUUAGGUUGGCCAGGGGAGGUUGUGAAAAAAAAAAGGAGUAGGCAGGGUAGACGCGUGAUAAGGAAUGAUGGCGGGGGAGGGGAAGGGGGGAUCGGAGAUGGAGGUGGAGGCGGGGGAGAUAGUUAUGGAGACAUAUGACAUAGAAAUGCUGGGAUCGAACGGAGGUGGGAGGAUGUCGGACACGGGAUCGCGGGGUGACGUUGGGAUCACUAGUAGGAAAGCACUGGAGGAACGCACUGGAUGCAGCAAAGAGGAGGAAGGAGAGUCCAAUAUGCAGAUCAGCCAGCAGGUGCUGCUUACGGGCGACAUAGAUGGUUGUAUUCCACAGGAUGUGCUUCUUGCUGCAGAAGCUGCUGAGGCUUUCAGUCAGACCCCAGUUCAUGGAAACGGCCACGGGGUUGCGAAAGGAUGCGAGGAGGAGAAUGAGAGUGAGGAUGAGGAGGGAGCCGGCAAAAAUGGUAAGGGUAUGGUGGAAGAAGAUAGUGAUCCGCUUGUGGACAGUGGCGAGUCGUCGGACGCAUCCAGCGACGAGGAAGACGAUGUGAAUGCUGCUGAUAUGCAGAAACGUUUUAUAGAGAACUCUGAGCAUCUGGAGAAGAUGGUUCGGCGAGCAAAUGAGGCGGAUAGUGACGAGGAAGAUGAUUCCUCAGAGCCUCCCCGCACUGCAAACGAAGUGACGGACUUGCCUCCUGUGUCAGAAAUUGAUGCAGUCUUGGAGCCUAAUCAAGUUCCACGUGAAGUUGGCGUUGUCUCCUCUAUCAUGGACAAACAAGUUAUUGUGGAAGCCGUUGAACACGAGAUGGUAUUGAACGAAGGCUCAAUUUUGUGGCUAAGUGAACAGCGAAAACCUUUAGGGAUAGUAGAUGAAGUAUUCGGACCCGUUAAGAAACCCUACUACGUCAUCCGAUACAACAAGGCGGCCGAUGUGCCGGACAAAGCUUCACGAGGCGUGACGGUUGGAUUUGUGCAAGAAUUUGCGAACUUUGUUCUUAAAGAUGACACAGAGUUGAGGAAGAAAGGGUAUGACGCUUCCGGGCAGCAUGACGAGGAAUUAUCAGACGAUGAGGAGUUUUCUGAUGAUGAGAAGGAGGAAGAGGCGAAAAGGAUGAAGAAGCAAGCUGCUAAGCAGGGUCAUCAAGCCGGGGUGGGCGGCGAUGCCGGAUGGGGCGGGGGUCGAGGUGGUGGUAAUCGACACAAGCCUGGAGGUGGACGUAAUAGCAGAGGUAGAGGAGGUGGCAGAGGUAGAUUUUCAAGAAGUGACUCUGCUAGCAUGAUUGAAGUUGACGAUGCAAUCAAGGCACGUGCCGCUGGAAGGGGGCAUCAGAGGAGCAACUCUUUAGGGUCACCAGUGUUUUCUCGAGACUUUACUAGAGACAAGGGACCUGGUGGUGAACAUCAUAGAGGACAAUUCCAUCCUUCCCCAGACAGGCAAAACUCCUGGAAUAGGUCCCCUCGUUCUGACAUGAAUUACUCCCAGGUUCCUGACCUUAGGUCUUCUAUGAUUAAUUACAAUGAGCGCCAGCCCCUGCCUUAUCAGUCUCCACAUCACGAUUUUAUUUCUGGGGUAAGGCCUAUCCAGCAGCAGCCUCCACAAAUUUCACCACAAAGGUCAGGUGGUCCUCCACACUGGGGCCCUUCAAGUGGACCACUUCACGGGGAGGUUCCUCAGGUUCACCAAGUUCAGUCUGCUCCAUAUCUAGGUUCCAAUGUUCGAUGGUCUCAUCAAGCAGCAGGUUUGUAUUCUGGUGUGCAUCUACCGUUAAGUCGAGGUGAUUACCAACAUCCAGAAGGUAUGUAUCAAGCAAGGGUUAAUAUGGUACCCAUAGCCUCUUAUCCUCUUCCCCAGCAAAUGGGUAUGUAUGCACCUCCACAUCAGCCUGUUGGGACUGGAGUUUUCAUUCCACCAGCACAGUAUACUAGAAAUUCACAAGUUAACCAAAUGCAACAAACACAAAUGCAACUAGGACAAGGGCAAAUGCAACAGUCACAAGGACAGGGACAAGUGCAAGGCUCAGUGCAUCCAGGUAGUGAUGGUAGGGGACCUGUUGGUCAAUGGCCCGUGAAUGGUCCUAGUAUAGUGACAGGAAUCCCUUGCUACAGUAAUCCUCCACAGCCUGUUUAUAUGCAGCCUGGAGCCAUUCGUCCGGGCAUGAUGACUCCUGGUCCAAAUAGUAAUGUCUAUUGGUCCAACAAUCCUGGUAGGUAGGAACUUAAAUCCAACAUUUUUUUUUUUUUUUCAUUUUUUUCAUUUUUUUCAUUUUUGUUUUGUCUACUUAGCAUGUAGUAAUGAGAGCAGCAUAUUGUGCUUAGAAAUUCAAUGACCAUCUUGUGUGGUUGAGUGCCUUGUUUUGGGCCCGUGACUCAGCUUCUUUUAUGUACCUGCUUUGUCAUGUAUGCUGUAGUAUCUCUUACAUGUAGUGGUUAAGAGUUU